CUAUUUGACCUUUGAACUCACGUGGCUUGACUUUACAGCUUCAUAAUCUAAUCAACUCUCUGCUUCUGCUCUUCCAAUCAUGGUGAGAGGUGGGCCUGCCAACAGAUCUGUCAAGAGGGCCAAGAUCUUCGCCCUUACUAAGGGCUUCAGAGGUCGUCGUAAGAACUGCUACAGUCUAGCGGUGAGAGCUGCCCACAAGAAGCUUCAGUAUGCCUACGUGGGACGGAGGCUCAAGAAGAGAGAGAUGAGGAAGCUAUGGAUACAGCGGAUCAACUAUGCCUCUCGUGAGCAUGACAUCAGUUACGGCCGGUUCAUGCAGAGCCUUGUCAUGUGUAACAUCAUGGUGAACAGGAAGGUGCUCUCAGAGCUCUGCAUUCACGAGCCUAAGACAUUCCAGGCAUUGACAGGGAUAGCCAAGCAGAGGUUAGAGCACGGUCGACUGAGUGCUCUAGAGGAGCCCAUGGCAAAGCAGUACUUACCAACAAAACAGAAGCCAGAGACAGAGACACUAUAUCAAACUAGACAUUUUGUUGAUAGAACUUCUGGGAAGACUGUCAUGGAAACGGCUGUAUAGCAUGCAUUCUCUUUAUUCAUUUAAUAAUGUAUCAAGUUGUCUGUAAUUAAUUUUUGUCAAUUGUGUUAAAUUCGUCAAUAUUAAAUUAUUGCCAUA